UGAUGACCCCGGCAGGAUGGAGAAGUUGUCGGCGAGCCUGUCGGAGAUCUCCUGGAGCCCGUUAGCGCUGCCGUUGGACGCGGUGGUCAGCAAGUUCCGUCUGCCGACUCUGGUCCGCCUGGCCCCCGGUGAAUGUGUUGAGGGUCUGUCAGAGGAGGAUGUGGUUCUGCUGCACUCCUGUCGCCAGUGGACUACUGUAACGGCUCAUAGCUUAGAAGAAGGACAUUACGUCAUCGGGCCCAAGAUAGACAUCCCCCUACAGUACCAAGGGAAGUUCAAGUUGUUGGAUGAAGACCGAGACAUCAGGGAUCCGGUCCAGUAUUUCUCCAGCGUGGAAGAGGUGGCUGCAGUGUUCCCCGACCGUGUCUUCGUCAUGGAAACGGUCACUUUCAGCGUCAAGGUGGUCUCGGGGGAGUUCAGCGAGGACAGCGAGCCGUACAGCUUCACUCUGCAGGCGGGAGAUGAGCUGUCACUCAUGGGGAAGGCGGAGCUUCUGUGUGCCUCGCCUACUAAGGAAAGGACAGGACUGAGCGCACUCUUGAGACGCCUGGGAAAGACUCCCCGAAGUAAGACUCCCUGCUUGGUGUGUAUGAACCAUCGCACCAAUCAGAGCGUCAGCCUGCCUUUUGCCUGCCGUGGACGCUUUUGCACCCGCUCCCCUUUGGAGCAAGGCAUGCUGGGUGGAGAGCAUACGGUCCGCAGCAUCAUCGAGAGGGUCCGCCUCCCCGUCAAUGUGUCCGUGCCGUCACGCCCGCCGCGAAACCCUUACGACCGCCACGCCGUACGAGAAGGCCACCGCUACAAGCUGCUCAACAUCGUCAGCAAGACGGUCGUGCUCUGCAUGGUCCUCCGCCAACAGGAAGUGUCGCCCUCUCACUUCCUGCUGCUGCGCUGCAUGCCGCGCUUCAACGUGGCCGAGGCGUCCGCGCACACGGUGGCGCUGGAGAGCCUCUUCUUGCGGUACGCCUUCGACACCGACACCUACUCCCGUGCCGUGAGGGAAACCCGUCCGGAGUUGGAGUGCAUGACGGAGGAGUGUGUGAGCCCGCGGCGCUCGCGCACGUGCGUGACGGCGCAGGACUCGUUGGCGCCAGCGCUGCAGCAGCUGUCCAUGUGCGGAUACGGGGGCGGGGUUUCGGACAGCCUAUCACAACGCUGCAGAGACUCUCUCGGAGUCCAGCUGGGGGAAGGGCCAGGUGAGGAAAGGGAGUACGUGACCCCUGAGUGGACUGAGGAUGAAAUGAGGACCACUGAGGAGAUCCCAUAUGAGGAACUUUGGACCAAUCAGAACGCAGAGGGCAUAGGAAAGGAGGCAAACCUUAUUUCCUUCCGUUCUGCGUCCUCGCUGGACGGUUCCCUUGGUACCAUGGUGACAACAGUGGCUGCUCCGCCUCCUGUUCCUCCAAAGUCUGAUGCUGUGAGAGAGGAAUGUCGCUACUUGAUCGCUCCCCCAGUUCCGCCUCGCUGCUCUAAAGUGGGUUCCGUGCCCAGUCCCGCCCCCAGCCCUUCACUCCCCCCACGCUUUCAGAAGGCCUUCACCUCCCCCAGACCUAACCUCUCCUUCUACUCCUCAGGACUGCAGGACAGCUGCUUGCCCUCCCCAGACGCUUCCCUCUACUGCUAUCCAUGUUCCUGGGCGGAUUGCCCCGCCCCCAACACCACCAAUCCUGACCCGGUCUCAACCGUCCCCGCGGACGCCGCAGCCAUCCCUCAGACAGCACAAACCACCUGGGCAGAGCCGUGGGUGGACGCCUUCGCCAUCGGGCAACUAAGACCGCCCCCGCAGAGUCGCUUUGCACCUUUUGGCGCUUUGAACCCUUUCAACCGUCAGUCACCUUGCCCGUCACCCGAGCCCACGGACAAUCCAGAUUCCUCCAGGGGCGCGGAGGGAGGCGGAACCGAAGGCGCGCUCGCAACUACCGACCCCACCUGGCGCCCCCCUGCCGACCUGUCUGCCCUGUCGCUGGAGGAGGUGUCGGCCUGUCUGCGCUUCAUCGGCUUGUCCGAGGCGGCGGUUUCCGUGUUCCAGAGGGAGCGGAUUGACGGCAGCCUCCUGGUUCAGCUGACCGAGGACAUCCUGUCACAUGACUUUCACUUGAGCCGACUCCACGUCACUAAGAUCACGCAGUUCAUACAAGGAUGGAGACCCAAGAUCUAACGAUUGUCUGUCACCAAACACUGGACUGGACUAUGUCUAGCUCUGACUUGUACCUGGUACCCGAUUAGUUUUACGAAUUUUUUUUUUUUCAUUGUAAACAUCAAAAUAGCAUAGAGCUGAACCAAACUGUACUACAGGGCUAGAAUGUGCCUGGUAGCCAUCUUUAAUGUGCCUUCCACUGCGAGACUUGAAUGAAACCGCUCCCAUUCUGCAUCCGACACCUCAUUGGCUGUCGUAUCCAGACUGCUUCCUGUCUCAGAUGCCUCAUUGGCUGUCGUAUCUAGACUACUUCCUGUCUCGGACGCCUCAUUGGCGGUCGUAUACAGACUACUUCCUGUCUCAGAUGCCUCAUUGGAUCUCAAAACUAGACUUCUUUCUGUUUCCGUCCCCUCAUUGGCUGUCGUAUACAGACUACUUCCUGUCUCAGAUGCCUCAUUGGAUCUCAAAACUAGACUUCUUUCUGUCUCCGUCCCCUCAUUGGCUGUCAUAUCCAGACUAUUUCCUGUCUCAGAUGCCUCAUUGGCUGUCAUAACUAGACUACUUCCUGUCUCAGUCCCCUCAUUGGCUGUCGUAUCCAGACUACUUCCUGUUUCAGACUCCAAACUGGAAGUAGUUUACUUACAAAUGGCCUGACUUUCUGAGGAUGUCUAGUUGGGUCUUUGUUAGUUACGCUACGAGACGGCUACAAAGUACUAUAUUGACCUAAAUAUAAGACAACACCUUUUUUUUUUUUGCAGUCAAAAAAGUAUUAUUAUAUGUUGUUUGCAAACUUGCCCACUGGUGUGUGUAAGUGACUCCUUUACGGAGAAUUAAUUUUGGCGCCACCUGUUGGUUUGCAUGUAUAAAUCUUUAGACCUGUUUUUCCAGACUUUUUUUUAAUAGUUUCUUAUAUUUGGGUCAAUACAUUUACUGAAUGGAUGAGUUCAGUUGAUCUUUCUACACGAUACUGGUUUAUAAUGAACAUAAGUUGUAUUUCACAGCCUUUUGUGGAACCUCAAAAACAUAUUGCAAUGGUAUUGUGGCUUGAAAAAUAUUGGAAGCCAGCCGCCAUAAAUAAAUAAAUUACAAUUUAUUUUGUACAUUUUUAACAUACCCUGUAUGGGUAACACACACUGCUGUUUGUAGUUUUUGUCCCAGCUAUCAUGGAUUUUCUUUUCACUGCCUCCAAAAUGAUAGUUUCUAAAAUGUACCUCAGAACUCUUUGGUUGAUAUGCUUGAUUUAGCCAUGCAUAAAUAAUAAAUUAAAUCAUGCUUGAAUUU